AGAGAGAGGGAAAGAGAGAGAGAGAGAGACCAACUCGCUGUGACUCUGAACACACGUACAAAGUGAACGGGAGGACCGCUCGGUGCGCGCAGGAGAGCCGCUCGUCUCACCCGUGGAUACUAUUACACAUCUGCCGCCGUCUCCAGACCCUGUCCUUGGGAUACUCUGGCUGCAUCCUCUCACUUUUACACUUCUAUCACCUCCUUCCUUUUUCUUUCUUUCUCAUCUUCCCUCCCGUCUUCCUCCUCAUCCCCCCCGAGCAUCCCUCCUCUCCUCCUCGCCAAGUCCUCUCGCCUGCCUGGAUAACUUUUUUUUUUUUGCACCCUCCUUCAUCGCUCACCCACACCCUCGCCAGUCUCACCCCCGCCACGUCCUGCUCUUGUUGCAGCAGCCUGCCUGCCUGCCUGCCCUCCCUUGGAUCGGGCGGAACCCGCAUUCGGUCGGUCUACUACACGGGGCACUGCUACAUGGGGCGCACGGUGUCGCCGCACGGAAAAUGGUCUGCUGUCGGUCUCUAGGCGCCCCGCUGAACCUGUCGGGAUUGGAGUUGUUGUCGGUGCGCGUCCGCGUCUCUCCCCCUCCUCGCCCGUGCCACUGCCGGGGCCAGUGAGACAUGGGUCUGUCCGUGGCGGCGCAGGCACCGUCCGCGGAGCCCCGGCGGCUGCGCCAGUGGAGCGGCGCGGCAGGAGGCUGGCUCCGGAUCACGCUCAUCUCGUUCCUCGCCACUUUACCUGUGGAGCAGCUGCGCGCCUUCCCGUCCUCCCUCAGCGACUGCCAGACGCCGACCGGCUGGAACUGCUCCGGUUUCGAUGACCGGGACACAGACCUGUUCUUGUGCGACACCAACACGUGCAAGUUUGACGGCGAGUGCUUACGAAUUGGGAACAUGGUGACAUGCAUCUGUGAUUUCAAGUGCAACAACGACUAUGCCCCGGUGUGUGGCUCCAACAAUCAGAACUACCAGAACGAGUGUUUCCUGCGCAGGGAUGCCUGCAAGCAACAGUCUGAAGUACUCAUUAUGUCAGAAGGGGCCUGUCCUGCUGAUGCCGGCUCAGGAUCAGGAGACGAUGGAGGAGAGGGCUCAGCCGAAGCAGGACAGAAGGAGACGUCCACCUGUGACAUUUGCCAGUUUGGGGCUGAGUGUGAUGUGGACGCAGAGGAUGUUUGGUGUGUGUGCAACAUCGACUGUUCCCACAUCAGCUUCAACCCAGUGUGUGCCUCAGACGGUCGUUCCUAUGACAACCCCUGCCAGGUGAAGGAGGCGUCCUGUCAGAAACAGGAGCGCAUCGAGGUCAAGUACCUGGGCCACUGUCAAGGUGACAUCAUAACCGGCAACAAAGGAGGAGAUGGACACUUUGCACGGACUGACCUCACAGAGAAAAAUGAGGAUCCGAGGAAUGGGCUGGCCCGCGGCCUGUACAUCCCCUGUCCAGAUCACUACAAAAACUACUGCGUCCAUGGAGAGUGUCAGUUUCCCAGCAUCCUGGCACAGCCCUCCUGCAGCUGCCAUUCGGGUUUUCGGGGCCCCCAGUGUGACAUCAAAGAGUACAACGUGUUCUAUGUGGUGCCAGGCUCUGGCAAACUACACUACGUCCUUAUCGCCUCCAUCAUUGGAGCUCUCCAGGUGGUCAUCAUUUGUGUGGUGGUGCUCUGCAUUACCAGGAAGUGCCCACGGACCAACAGGAUCAACCGGCAGAAGCAGAACAAUGUCCACUUCAGCUCAGAGAACACCAUGCGCGCCUCCACUCGACUUAUCUGAGCCCAGGCAACAGCGGACAGUGUCCCCCUCCGCAGCACGGAGAGCUAUGGCGUUUGAUGUUACUCCCCCUGUAGGCCAACCCCUGAUAAAUUAGGAUCUGCUUCCCCUCACUCCUCGCUCUCUCUCCCAGUAUGAACUGAAAGAAUGCUCACGGAGGACGGGGACACGGCAGAGAAAGAGCCGCAACAACAGUCAGUGGCGACACCCAGCCGCUGGGGGUGAUGCUCUCCUCAGUCGCAGGUUACCCAAUCGUGUGUCCUCGCACCUUGUCACUUCCACCCGCUUCCAGGGUUUUUCCUGAAAAACUGAACCGUGAGGUGUUUGGGGACCGUUGAGGAUACUGAAUGUGAGUGUGUGGUUGAGUAUGUGUGUGUGGGAAUGUGUAUUAGAUAUGUGAGCUUUGGUAGAGGCGGGCUAGCCAGUGUCUGUUGUUUGUAGAUGAGGGGGGUUAAAGCAAAUCAGGGUAGUGCUAAGCAGGGUAAGGGGCUUCUAAGUGAGGUACGUGUUGUCCGGACUGGGAGGGGGAUGGGG